AUGGAACGACCCCAGGGGCACAACCUCCCGGACGCGAUAGGGAACAGGUACUGCGUCAACAUCGCGUGCGUCGCGGGGCGCGCGUCCGAGGAGGACAUGUUGGCGCGCGAGCGGGAGCUGAAGGAGGCGCACAGGGCGCGGACGGAGCGGGAGAAGAAGAGGACGACGGCGACGACGGCGACGGGCGAUGAGGACGCGUUUAGGUAG